UUUGUAACCACACAUUGUGCACUUGUGCCACUUUUGGACCGGUUGGGGUGACCUGUGUUUCACAACAAUGUGAUUAUCUAACUUAUUUAGAAAUCUAGUUCUGUGUUCACAAUAACUGCAUUUAAACCAAACUAUCUUCUCAGGUGCUGUGUGAUUCGUAAAAGUGUGUCUUUUAACAUUCCUUUUACUCUUUGAUUUGUAAUCACACAUUCCGCAAUUGAAACAUUCCGCUUCGUUAUCUGUCGUAUGUUUCAGCUUCAUGUGCAGAUUUAAAGCAUACUUUAUUUUCCCUUUAUAGUCGCAAAGCUUGCAUUUGAACCACUGAAUAUCCUCAGGGUUUGUAUGCUUUGCAAUGAUGUGUCUUUCAACGUGGGCUUGUUGCUUGGCUUUAAACGAACAAUGGGGGCACUGCAUAGCUAGUUUUCUCCGUGUGUGCUCUUUCACAAACGGACAAUAAUCGUAAUUGUGUUUGAACCAACACAGGAGUGAGAAUGUCCGGAAUUUGCAUUUACUACACGUGUAACACCUCACUUUGAAGUCUUUUUUGGCUUUCAAGUGACAAAAUAGGUCCACUUGAAGGGUAGUUCCGAAAUUGCAAUUACUGCAACUGUAAUUUUCAAGAAGCCUGAUGCAAUUGCUACCUUCUGGCUCACAUUUUACGUCCAUUGUCGUGAGAAUUUCACUGGAAUUGGGAAAUUUAACAAAUGUAAGACAGGUUUUACUAACCUCAAAUUUUGGAUUAUUCGCGUAAUCAAGUGCAAAAUGUGUAAUAAAUGGUACCUUAACGAUGUAUAUUUAAUGAUUUGAGUUUAUUUACGUGGAAAAUUGUACAAAUAUGUGAAAAUUAAACAAUUCGUUAUAUGUAAAAUACGACAAUUGCGAAAGAUGGAGGACACGAAAUUCGGCAAAUUUGAAAUACCAAAUAAGCUACAAAUAUUAAUAUUAAACAUUCAAAAUGAUUUAGUUUAACUAUUGUGACUUUCAUGUCCAUAAAAUAUAAAAAAUUAAUUUGUUAUAAAUUUAAAAUUUGAUGAAUUUUAGUGACAUUAAGAGUACCAACGUUAAUUAAGGAGUCGUGAAUUUGAUCAAUGUUGGCCACCAUUUCUGUCACCGCCCUAACCUCAAACGAAGUAAUUUAUUUUCGUUAUUAAUGUUUUUCUAUCGUAAUGUCCGUGUUCGUGGACGAGGAUUUCACAGUUGACGUCGUCGAAGACUCCUCAAUAACCUGUGAUGACCCCGAAACGAUCGACGAGCCGAACCUUGAGGAAUUUCUCAACCCUGAAGCUGAGUCAAACGGGACUGAAACUGAAUUGGAGGAGGACUCAGUUUUGGGUUACACCUGCAAGGUUUGUGCAUUUUCAACCAACUACAAAGUGAUUUAUUACAACCACAUUGAGUCGCACAACCCCCCAGAAUUUCCAACGUCUUGUAAAAAGUGCGGGAAAGUUUUUGAAAGCCAUGGAUUCUUGCGCAGGCACAUGUUUGAAUGCAGUAAAAACAAAGCCCAAGUCUAUGAAUGCACAUAUUGCAAAUUUAAAACUUUUAAAAGAUUUAGUUUGCGGAAACACAUGACAACGUGUUCAAUACGAUAUAAACGGACACGAGUGUGUAAUAAAUGCAAGACUUAUACAACUAAUUCUGCUUUGCAAUUGAAGCUUCAUAAAGAAGAGAAACAUUGUCAGAAAGUUACAAAUUUUGUUUGUACAAAAUGCGAUUUUACGACAAAUCUUAAGAUGGUUUUGAACGCACAUUACAAGGAUGUGCAUCCACGAAUUCACAAAUGCAAAGUGUGUGAUAUUGUCUUUGAAAACAAGGAAGAAUAUCUCAAGCAUCAAAGGGGCCACAAUAAGUGGCUGUGCCCCGACUGUAGUUACAGUACUCCCAUCAAGUAUCGGCUGAAACAACAUUCAGCAACCCAUCACCGAGAUGUAAAAAUGUAAAUAGUAUAAUAUUUUUUAAUUAAAAAUUCAACUGGUCAA